CCGGUCGCCAACAACCCUAUUAAACAGCUAUUAAAAUUACUAAAUAUUUCAGAUAUUCAAUCAUUCCCUAGAAGAAAAUCAGAACAAAAUGUCAAACAACUUCGAAUAAAGGAAGAUAAUAAAUUAACAGAAAAUAAUAUUUUAACAAUGCCAAAAAUUCAAAAAACAACAAAUGGGGGAAGAUCCAAAAGAAUAUUAAAGAAAGGAGGUAAAAUAGCUAUUAGCCCUGUUGUCGAGGAAGAUGAAGAAGAAGAAAAGGAAGAGGAAGAAGAUAUGAAGGAAACACAAAGGAUGAAUAGUGGAAGGGGAGUUACUGAGCUUUAA